AUGGUCAACUGUGAGACGUGCGGCGCCACGCUGGAGAUCAUCGAGAACGAGUAUAUUUGCUCCGAGGGCCACAUCAUAAAAAACAGGGUAGAAGUGUCAACGGAAGAAGCCUCUGUCCCUGUUGGCGGUGCUCCUAAUAAGCUAAAGAUCCAGACGUCCUUUACCACCAAGUACGGUGAAGACUACGUCGAUCUACUGAUUUUCCACGCACUGUUUAACGACAUCAGGAACUACCUGGGCAUCAAAUCCACCAAAUACUUCGACAUCUUCACUAACUUCAUAAAAGAAGGGCCUGGACAGACUCUCGAGAAGUCCUUGUUGAUACUCCCUGCGCUUGGAGCGCUGACAUACUAUUCAAAAAGGGUGGAGAUGGAGGCCGAAGGCAGGCCCUAUCUAUACCUGGACUAUUACCGAUCUAUGAUGUCGUAUCCGUACCAGGAAAGAAGAAAGGCGAAGUUCGAGGCCCUUGGGAUAAAUACAAAGAGACCUCUGGUUGCUCCCUUCUGUUUGUCAGGGUUCAGCUUGGUCCCUGUUUCCAGCGUGCUCAAAUAUCUUGGCGAAAGCGGAAUUGUCCUUCAAAAAAACCGCUUCGGAAUGCGGCUCACAACAUUCUACGAUGAGACCGGAGUCCUUGACGAGGAGGUCGAGAAUAACAAAGCCUGCUUCCGGCAGGAUCUCAGAAGAGACUACCAGAUGUUCUUCUGUUACCUCCAAAGAAUCUGCGAUAUCUUUCUGCUGGAGAUCACAGAGCAUCUCGAGAAGAAGUUCAGGGCAUACUUUUAUGUACUUGACCUCACCCAGUCCAUUCACAUUCCAGAAAUAGAUAUAUCUCUUUUCCUUUAUAUCUAUAUAAUGAACUACAAGAAAGACUUUGAUGUACAGAAGGCAAUGGCAAACCUUGAGAACUCCGGGAUCAAGUUCCAUUUUUCUCCCCCUGAGGAGCCCGUGUCCACAGAGCCCAAGACCACUUCUUAUUCGAAAGAAGAUCUUGAGUCAUAUCUCAGGAUUCUGAUCUCAAAAAUCACAUGGGUCUGCAGCUACAAUCUAAAGACUAAGGUUGGCCGCUUAAAGACCUUACUCUCCUGCAGCAAGACUGCAAACAUGCUAAACAGCUACUGGAAAAGACAGAAUGACAAACACAAGUUAGUUUUCGUCCGCAACGUCUGGUACAUAAAAAAGCUAAUGUUUUUGAAGAGAAUGAAAGACAUGAAAAAUUCAUCCAAUGCAAUCUCCAACAGCACAUCAGAUUAG